UGGAGACGAUGGGCUCUUCAGUGGUACGGUUUCAGUGCUUCAUUAACCAAGAAGAAGUCUGAAAUGGCUGAGGCGGAGCAGGGGCUUGACGCGAAGUUAGACCCGAUUCAGUUCAUCUGCUUGGUGUGUCUGGACUUACCCAAGGACCCGGUCAGUAUUCAGUGUGGUCACAGUUUCUGUAAAGGCUGUAUUGAGGCUUUCUGGGACCAGAAUGAAGAGAAAGGAAACUACAGCUGCCCUCAGUGCAGGAAAAUCUUCAAUCCCAGGCCUGUUCCGGGGAGGAACAACAUGCUGGCAGAGGUUGUGGAGAUGUUGAAAAGAACAAACACCCAGCAGACUUCCUCCUCUAUUCCUGAGCCAGUGGCUGCUGCUGAGGCCUGUGCCGGUCCUACAGACAUCCCCUGUGACUUCUGCUGUGGGACAAACCCCAACAAAGCCACCAUGUCGUGUCUGAUGUGCAUGGCAUCCUUCUGUCCUGUGCACCUUGAGUCUCAUUCCAAAGUUCCUGUGUUGAAGAAGCACCAGCUGGUCUCUGCCUCAGUCCCGCUGCAGGAGGAGAUGUGCUCAAAGCACAACAAGCUGAUGGAGGUCUACUGUAAGACGGACAGGAAGUGUAUCUGCUAUUUGUGUGGUCUAGAAGAGCAUAAGCGCCAUCGUACAGUGUCUGCCACAGCAGAGAGGGCCGUGCAGCAGAAACAGCUGAGUGUGACCCAAAAGGAAAUCCAGGAGAGACAAAAGCAGAGAGAGAGGGAGCUGAUGGUGCUGCUAGAAACUCUGAAGGAUUUUAAGAAACGUACCCAGACUGCAGUAAAGUCCAGCGAUAAGAUCUUUGAUGAGCUGGUGUCCUCCAUAAAGAAAAAACAGACUUUUACAAAGCAGCUGAUCUUAGACCAGGAGAAGAGAGCAGUGGCUCAGGCUGAAGGGCUUCAGCUCCAGCUGGAGGAGGAAAUCACCAAGCUGAGGAAGAGAGACACAGAACUAGAGGAGAUUUCCCAUUUUGAUGACCACAUCCAUUUCAUUCAGACUUUCCAGUCGCUGUUAGCCACGUGUGAAUCUCCAGAUUUGCCCAAUGGUCCUGUCGCCCGUCCCAAACACAGCUUCAAAACUGUGACUGGCUACAUGUCUAAGCUGAAGACUGAGAUGGAGGGACUCCUGGAGAACACAUGGCCUAGCAUCUCUGCCAAAGUGUCCUCUGUUAAAGUUUAUCUGCAGCCUGAGCCAAAGACCAGAGAGGAGUUCAUGCGCUAUCGCUGUCCUAUGAAACUAGAUGAAAAAUUGGUCUCCCAAAAUAUGUCCCUUUCAAACGAAAACCUGCGGAUGACAUGUAAAACUGGGCAAAUGUGGGAUGGCUAUUAUUUUAGAACAAAACGGACUACUAGUACUGAGCAGAUGUGGUGCAGAGAGGGUUUGAUGAAGCGGUGUUACUGGGAGGUCCAUUUGUCUGGUUACACUUGGUGUGUGGCGGUGUCCUACAAAGACAACAGUGGACCGUCGUCAUUUAACUCUGUGUUUGGAAACGAUAGCAGGUCAUGGAGUUUGGAGUGUUUAACAAGUGAUUGCAUCUUCAGACACAACAACCGAACAAAGUAUGUGUGGAGCUCUCAGCUCUCCACAGUUGGAGUGUUCCUUGAUUAUCCAGAAGGUAUUCUGUACUUUUACAAUGUCUCAGGCUCAGAGAUGACUUUGCUCCACAAAGUUGAAACCACCUUCACUGAGCCUCUCUACCCUUGCAUCGGGCUGAGGGAUGAUGGCUCUCAGCAAGGCACAGCUUAUUAUGCAGAGCUGAUCAAGAUCUGGUAGGAGGUUUCAUUUUAGGUGAGUGUGUGAGCCUUGUAAAAACUUCUUUGUUUUCCUAUGAUGUCAAAAUAAAAGGAAGCCUAUUUGAUGUUAAGGAUGUUAAGAUUGUUGUUUUACAAUGUUACACUGUGUAAUCAAUGUUAUAAUAAAAACUUUGGACAAGUCA